GGUCAUCGAGGAGAUCCCCUCACAACUCGACACGCGGGUUGGUGACGUAUUUGUCAAUGGACCGAGAUCCGUCACCGAGAAAAAUGGCCGAUGAGGACGAUGAGCCGGCGUUUGAUGAAGAUGUGGAGGAGAGUGGAAGUGGUGCAGAGGGUGGACAAGGCAGAAGAAAAAGAUUAUUUUCCAAGGAAUUGAGAUGCAUGAUGUAUGGCUUUGGGGAUGACCAGAAUCCUUAUACUGAAUCAGUGGACAUCCUGGAGGAUCUCGUUAUAGAGUUUAUCACUGAAAUGACGCACAAGGCCAUGUCAAUAGGACGUCAGGGGCGAGUUCAAGUGGAAGAUAUUGUCUUUCUCAUUCGUAAAGAUCCCAGGAAGUUUGCAAGAGUGAAAGACCUGCUGACAAUGAAUGAAGAAUUGAAACGUGCCAGGAAAGCUUUUGAUGAAGCUAAUUAUGGCUCUUAGUUUCAGAAGGUGCCAUGUCAUAGAGUAAGUGGUAACUCAAUUUUGCCAGCCUCUGAAACAUUUACUUGAAGCACAAUGUUUCACUCAGGAUCUGACUACAAAUAUCAAUAUGGUAGGAUAAGGUGUAGAGGUAAUUUGGUAACAUGGAGUAGUAAAGUUUAAAUUGGCUGCAUUGCUGCAGAGAGAGAUGGAGAUUUGUUAACUUUUUUCAUCACAAUGUAAACAUUGUUAUUGGCUGAGGAACUGAAUGGAGCAAUUCUUGUAGUCUUUAAAAGAUUUAUGUACAUAUCAGGAAAAAUCAUUUUGCACAGUAACUGUAAAUUGGCCUUUUCUGCUGUAGUAAAUGUUAUUGAAAUCUGAUGUUAAUGAAAAGCAAAUAGUCUUCAAGUGAAGUGGAAUUGGAGGGCAAGAAAUAAUUGGACCAGAGGUGCAGAAUUAAUACUCUACCCAUUUUAAAGUCAUAAAUUCUGUCCAUUGUAAUUUAUAAUAGGAGUAUAUUAUGUAUGUAUUUUGCAAUAGCAAGUGACAACUAAACUUGUCUUGCAGUCAUUACACCCUCCUACAAGUUAUUUCAGGGACAAGGUGUAAAGGUAGUUUGACAAGUUUAUGUAUAAAGUUUCCAUUAUAAAUGUGGAUGUUUUAAUGUAUAAUGUUGACAAAAAGUAUGCAUUGGCAAUAUUUGCAUAAAGACAAAGUAAAAUAUCACAAGACACUUAAUAGGAGCAUUACAUCAGAGAUUUCUUUUGGAGCUGCUUUGAUUGUAUUUUAGCAGCUACAUAUUUUGUUUGGUCCAAGACAUUUGUAUGAAAGUACUUUGUUCAAAUUUGGGACCCUCUCUAAAACAUUCAUAUAAUCAAACCAAAGAUCUUUCCAUGGAUAAUGAUGAAAUAAAAACAAUACAGUGCAUAUUAUAGUUUAUUACAAUUGUGUGACCUUUAAUUUUUUACUAACUCUUUGUAAAAUGUACAGUAUGAGUACUUUAACACAUUUUUAUGCUUAAUAAAGACUA